AUGGAGCUAGUUCAUGUGAAUGGCGACUUGCAAAGAUGCUACAAUGUGGCUCUGUCAUACCUGUGUGACCAAUCAUUUCACCGUUUCGUGUCUUCAGCGUGGUAUGUUCCCACACCCAAACUAUUUAUUGACACAAGCGAUAAAAGAGCGUCCCAUGUCAGCCCUUUCCGUAUGGCUUUGGACACCCCACAACACUUAAAUCGGAUGUGACGAUAUGUUGCUUACAAGGAGACAAAGAAAGAGGCUGUGGCUGGUGACGAUUGUAGCUCUCACUGGGGGAGCCUUUCUGACAUGGACGCGGGAAGAAACAUUUCCACAUGACACUGGAUUACAAUUUACUGAUGAUAGUGGAACUCACAAUACCCAUGCAACAGAACAGCCAAGCGGGAUACGUACAAGAUCUGUUGAAGACAAAGGCCAGAACAGACAAAUGAGAACAGCAAAGAAAAUACCAAAGGUUUAUAUUUAUUCACUACCACCAAAGUUUAACAAAGACAUAGAAACAUGUGUGAAUGUUCACAACCGGCCAUAUCUAUGUUUUCAUUUACUAAAUGGAGGCUUAGGAAAAGUUAUUUACAGGGAAGGGGAGAUGGGAGUGUUUUAUACCCAUCAGUUCUCCCUUGAGGUGAUUCUUCACAACCAGCUUCUGCAGAGUCAAUACCGAACCAUGAAUCCAGAGGAAGCUGACAUCUUCUACAUACCCGCCUACCUAGGAAUGUUCUUCUUCUGUAAUCGGCCUAAAACUAUGGAAACAUUACAAACUGAAAUGUUCAAUAUUGUAAAUGCCAUGCCCUACCUAAAGCAAGGGAAGCCUCAUAUCUCAACACUUGCCAAAAUUGAAAGGGAACAAGCAACAAGUGAAUACCCAUUACUUCAGAAUUCAAAAUGUCGAGAUGUGACUUACAUUGUAAUUGAAAAGGAAGCCUCGGAUUGGUACAGAAAGGCUCUAGGUCUUGAGAACCAGAGAGUGAUAGUGGCUCCCUACCCCUCGUAUGUGCACCAGUACAACUCUAACUCAGCAUCACAGGCAAUAUCCUCACCUGGAUUAGGGGCAAGGCAGGUGCUGAUUUUCCUCGCUGCUAGUGACCGGAGAAGCAACCCAUUCAGAAACAUCAUUUUGGAUCAGAUUCCACAAAAAGUUGUCGAUACUACUUAUGAAAUAUUUGCCGAACAUCUGCAUGUUCAAGGAAAGGAUGUACCACAGCAGGUGAUUUUGAACACAGAGGAAUGUCACUCCGGUCAUGAGAACAUCACGAUUAGGUGGAUGCAGAAGUCAGUGUUCUGUCUUCAACCUCCAGGAGAUUCACCCACAAGGAAGUCAUUUUAUGACAGUAUUCAAAGUGGAUGUAUUCCAGUCAUUUUCAGAUUUGUUGAUCAGAAUGUGGAAUACCCCUUCCAACGGGUACUGAAUUAUACGGACUUCACUGUGACGAUCGAUUCAGUACGGAUAGAGACGCGACAGGAGCUGAUUCUUGACAUUUUAAAAGAGGUUCCCCAGAACGAGGUAAAGAGACUGCACCUGAAUGUUUUAAAGGUGGCCCGGAUGUUACAGUACAGUGCCAUUGACUCAAACGCGAGUGACCAACCACGUGCGCACAAAGAUGCAUUGGACAUGAUUAUACAAGAGGUGCAGCAUAUGUACGAUAUAUGACGAUGCAAUGGUAACCAUUUUAUAUGGCUUUAUACAAACUGUAUAAGAGUAAUCGCCAAGCGUUAUCGAAUUGGGUCCACUAGAUAACAGAUGAGCGCAAGUCAUUGCGUUCGAAAUGAUUAUGCUCGACAGGCGGCAAUGAAACAAUUUGUCUUUCCUUUGCUGUUUAACGCUGCCCUCAGCAAUAUUCACGCUAUAUAUCUGGACCAGACAAUCCAGUGAUCGAUAUUAUGAGCAGCGAUCCACGCCGUCGAGAACCAACCAACAUCAACUAGAACAUUAUAUGAUAUAUUCAAAAUUUAUCUAUAGAAUAUGAACGGUUAUCAAUAACCUUAUUUGGCUCAGCAUUGGAAUUUGAAUAUGCUUUCCAUGUCUCAUGUUUCCCUAUAUAACUUCAUUGUUGUGUUUAUUUGUUUUACGAAACAUCCAUCAAUAUUUGUGUUAUUGCGACGACCUUUAAAUAAUCGAAUCGAGAUCGGAAAAUCCAUUGAUCGAUAUUGUGAACAAUGAUCCAUGCCGUCGGGGUACGAUGAUACGCAUAUAUAAGACAGCUGCGCGAUAAAUCGCAAAGAAUAAUGAGGAACGAAGCGUGGUUUAUUUGACGAUAAAACAUAGUUCUAUAAUGACGUCAUUUCUGGAAAUUCCCCAUAGAUAUACCUGGGCUACACAGAUAAAUGCAGUGGCCGAACGAUUGCAUCAAAAAGUGGGAGAAAUAUGAUAUGAAUCGGUAUGUCGAGAAGAGGUGCAGAAGAUCGACCUAAGGAUUGUGAGAAUAUGCAGGAAAUACCAAACUUAACUCCCCUGUUCGUAAAAUGGACUUGUCCCACAUCCCCCCCCCCCCCCCCCACCUAAAGGGGCUGCACAUAAUGUUGAUAGCUCAUAUAAGAAAUGAAGGACCAAGUCACCGAGCCUGACCACCCGAUCCACUUGAUUUGUAUAGAUCAGAAGUUCAAUUUAACCUGUCGUAUUAAAAAUAGAGGCUGCAGGAAGUAUAUGUCUUUUUUGAUGACAUGAUGUAGUGUGUUUCUUCUCGUCCUUCAUAAUAUGGGACCGCCUCCGUGGUCCAGUGGUAGAGCGUCCGCUCGGAGAGCGGAAGGUCAGGGGUUCGAUUCUCGGCCACGUAAUACCAAAAGACAUUAAAAGAUGGUACUUGUGGUGAACCUGCUUGGCGCUCAGCAUUAAGAGUCAGUAUACUGUGACUGAAUGGGGUCUUCAUGUUAAACUGUUUUCGCUGGAGUGUGCUCUAUCCACACUCACGCCAUAACUUACCAAGAUUUAAUCAAUACUGGCCGAAUAAAAUGAUUUCUUGUUUGCUUCUA